CUUUUUUACGUGCUCGGUGUGUGACGUCAUCACGUCAGAUGGCCGAAUGUUUACAUCCAGCAGUGGCUCGUUGACUGGAUCCCCCACCACCACCGCCGUCAACAACAAGGAGAAGAACAGGCCGACGAGAAGGCUAUUCGUCUUGGAGAAACCCAGAGCUUGCUGAAGUCCCGUCGGGUUUGUUGUGGUGCUUGUCCUCCAGUCAGGAUGGGAGGAGCUGUUAGUGCCGGCGAGGACAACGACGACCUGAUCGACAACCUGAAGGAGGCUUACUACAUCCGCACGGACCUGGUGGAGCGAGCUUUCAGAGCCAUCGACCGGGCCGACUACUACUUGGAUGAAUACCGGGACAACGCCUACAAGGACCUUGCCUGGCGCCAUGGGAACAUCCAUCUGUCUGCACCGUGCAUCUACUCCGAGGUGAUGGAGGCUUUGGAGCUGCAUCCCGGCCUCUCCUUCCUCAACCUGGGCAGCGGGACCGGCUACCUCAGCACCAUGGUCGGGCUCAUUCUGGGACCGUUCGGGGUGAAUCACGGAAUAGAGCUGCAUGCAGAUGUGAUCGAGUACGCCUACCAGAAGCUGGACUCCUUCAUCAAAACCAGUGAUAGUUUCGACAAGUUUGAGUUCUGUGAGCCGUCCUUUGUGGUGGGUAACUGCCUGGAGAUCCCCCCCGAGAGCCGCCACUAUGACAGGGUCUACUGUGGCGCCGGGGUGCAGAAGGAACACGAGGAGUACAUGAAGAACCUGCUGAAGGUGGGGGGCAUCCUGGUGAUGCCUCUGGAGGAGAAGCUGACCAAGAUCAUCCGCACCGGACCGAGCAGCUGGGAGACCAAGAAAAUCAUCUCUGUGUCUUUUGCUCCCCUGGUUCUGCCUAAACACAGCCCCAAGAGCAAACCCAAGACGGCACCUUUGCCCAAGUACGAGGUGCGGACGUUACAGGAACUGGCCCGCAUCUGCAUCCGCCACACCCUGCGGGUGACCACAGACGGAGGGGACGGUCAGGCGCGGGGCCGGGGCUCCUCCUUCAGCGUGGGCCGGGGCCUGGCGGCGGCCGGCCUCCACAAGUACGGCCCGCGCUUUAAGCGCCGUCGCGUCCACCGGCGCCACUGCAACACCCUCAUGCUCGCCACCCGCCAAGUGGUGGCCGGUGGCGGGAUGGCCCCCGCCUCCCUGGACAGCAACAACAACCAAGAGGGGCGAGUGGAGGACGAGGAGGCGGUCGUAGAGCGGCAGGCCAGGCGGCCGGCGAGGGGCAGCAGGAGAGCGGGUAGGGGGAGGCUGGUGGAGGAGGAGGAGACGGUGGAGGAAGAGGAGGAGGAGGUGGCGGAACGGGACGAAGAGGAGGAGGAGGAGGAGGAGAAGGAAACGGGCGAACUGCUGCGACCCCAGCCGGCCGUCAACGUCCUGAGAGAGAGGAUCCUGGGGCUGCCGCUGCCCGAGCCGCUCAAAAUGUACCUGCUGUACUACCGGGAGAAAUGAGCCGCAGCCGGCGCCGCUCCGCUCCGAACCGCAGCCUGGAGCUUCUCCAGCAGGCGCGCGAGCCUCCGUUCCAACCUAACAACCCCCUAACAAGACCGGCCGACGUCCGGCAUCCUCUCCAUCAUCAUCCUCUUUUCUCUCCGUUCUGUUCCCUGAGACUGGGAAGAUUCCCCGUUUCCGUUUCCCGUGCGGCAGGACAGCGCCGCGAGCUUCAAGCGGACUCCCGCCGAUGAAAGCAGUUUACAGAUGAGCUCCCAGCAGUUUAUUAACCAAGCAGAAGACUUUUCGGGGAGCAGGGACCAAAACAGUUCACCUUCGACCGGGAACAGAGCGGCCUUACGCUGCAGAGGAGAGGAGGCUCAUGGUGAGGCGCCGCGUUUUGCUGACUGGGUCCACAAGUGUGAGAAGAAGAAGCAGAGCUGGUGUCAAGAUCCCUCCAGCUGCGGCUGGUGAUGGCGGGUGGGGCUGUGUCCACUGAUGCGUCUCAGUCUGUUAGAUAACUCAGCCGGGACGACGGAUCCAGUUUAUUUCAACCCGGCAGAUUUCCCGUAGAGUCAGCAGGGAAUAAUGUCAAUGUUUUUCACAGUGAAUAUAUUUUUAACAGUGUGAAAUCUACAACCCAGGGAGCCCACAUGCCCUCCCGCCAAAAGAAAUAAUUUACUCAACAAACAAACAAAAGCUUUGAGUUAUAAAGUGGAAUUAAUUAUUAGGCAAAUAUUCAGUCAAAAGUCUAAAUGUUCUGCAGCGGACUGUAAGUGAGCUCCUGUCUGCUUUCUCUUCACCAGUGGAGUCUUGUGCAGUGAGUGUGUAUGUAUUUGCUGAUUUUUUUAUUUUUUAUCUUUUAAUGGUUCAACAUUUAUUCUCUGCCAUUUCACUUUUAUUACACAUAUCUCAAUUUGUGCUGAUUACUGAACACGUGGGCACCGACAUCUACGAGAAAUGAAUGUCAGUGGGGCCCAUUAGAAAUAUAUCUUCUGAGAAAAACAUGAAACUUUGACAUCUUUGGUUUCUCCCCGUCUGUCACGGAGAUUCUCGGGACGAGCCCGGUUGAAAUAAAACCCCAAAAUGCCCUUUAAAUUUUCUGCUUUCCGAGACCAACUGUUUGUUAGGAUUUCCAAACCUUUCGUGGAGAGACGUAGACUUGAUAGAAGCUUGAAUUUUCCUCUUUUUUAUUUUUUUCUAUGCACAUGUUUUAUUCUUUGGGUCCAAUCUGGAGCCAGAAUCCUUACAUUUGUAUUCAAAGAGUAGUCGCAAGUCCGUCUGGAUCCCUUUGAACUCUCUUAACCAAAAUAGAAGGACCAUAAAAAUGCAUACUAAUAUUCCUUUUUACAUGAAUGAACCAGCAUGAUAAAAGAAAAAAACACAAAUAAUCUUCAACAUGCAAGUUUUCUCCCAUUGUGUACUCAUCAUUUUUUACGCAAUAAAUAGAUUUUUUCUUCUUCUUUGUUUUACAAGGCUUGAAGUGGUGUGGAUAUUUUUAAAAGUGUCUUGUGUUGUUAAUCCGACAAAGAUACUUCAAUAAAAAAGUAUCUCCUGUCACCUAUUUGGACUCUAGAUUCUAGUCUUAUAGGCCAUUACUCCUUUAUCCCCUUUUGUUUGUGUUUUUGUUCCUUUUUCCUCCGGUCCCUAACCUCUGCCCUGUGCCAAAUGGACGCUGCACAGGCACAUCUCCAGAAAAAACAGCAAACAAGGAACAAGUCGAUCAGAAUGAAGAUGAAAAUGGCAAAAAAAGCCAAAUUAAGAACUGCUCAGCAGCUCCUAUUUUCUUCUGGUUUGUGAAAAUGAAACUGUGACGUAAGCAGAAAAUUGACUGUGUUUAAUAUAACAAAACUUUCAGUAAAUAGGUAAAUUAUAGUUGCGAUAGUAAAAAUCAGUUUGGACUUUAGACACCCCCCCCCCCCCCUCCCCCCCCUCCAAAAUGAUUCCAUCCUCUCUCCAGAUUACUUCUCGGCCUGCUGGAUCUACCGUCGAGUACUGUAUGUAGCUCAUUUGUUUGUCAUGCACUUUGGCUUUUGUACGUUUGUGCUCCUCUGCUGAAUGUAUAUGAAUAUUAUGUUCCACUUUUAAAAAAAAAGAAUUCAGAUCAGAGUGACUUUAAUUUGGAACUGUUGGUAAUAAAGUGGAUUCUAAAGAUGUAA